UUUGUCAUGACUGGUGCAUUUCAUUUGCCAAGCAGGUUUAUCUGGUGCCACUGCUGAUGUCCACUGUUAUGAUGUCAUAACUAAUAAAUGGUCUAGGAUAACUCCCAUUGGUGAACCGCCAACGCCUAGGGCUGCACAUGUGGCAACUGCUGUGGGAACUAUGGUUGUUAUUCAGGGUGGCAUCGGUCCUGCUGGUUUGUUUGCUGAGGAUCUUCAUGUUCUUGAUCUCACUCAGCAACGACCACGAUGGCAUAGAGUUGGUGUUCCUGGCCCUGGACCAGGACCACGCUAUGGACAUGUUAUGGCUUUGGUGGGGCAGAGGUAUCUCAUGGUAAUUGGAGGCAAUGAUGGAAAGAGACCUUUGGCUGAUGUAUGGGCUUUGGACACAGCUGCCAAGCCUUAUGAAUGGCGCAAGUUGGAGCCAGAAGGAGAGGGUCCACCUCCAUGCAUGUAAUGUGUCUAACCCUUCCUUAGUAAUAUCUUGACUUCACUAAGCACACAUUUCAAUUAACCACAUUGAAUAUUAUGCAUGUCUCGUUUCAAAAUCCAUUGAUGUCAUGGACUAGGUUCUGAGGGUCACUUAGGGCAGGUUUUUCUUGUUCUGUAGCCUUUGAUGUCUUAACUAGGUUCUGAUGGUCAACAUAGAGGUGACUGUAAUUGAGUUGAAUAAAUUUGAAUCCUUCAUGUUGGUUUGUUAGAUUGACAUGCGUGUGAAGAUGUGGAUGUGUUGGUUUGUUAGACUGACAUGCUUUUGGUUAAAUUUAUUUUUAAGUUUGCUUCCCUUCAUAUCAUAUUAUUUGUCCCAUUUUUUCACUAUUUCUAUGCCUUGGGUUUGUUCCUAAUGUUCUUUGUUCUUUCUAUCCCCCUCUUCCCCCUCCAGGACAAAAUUGGUGAAAACAGAUUUUUCUGUAAUUUUCAGUAGUGCUGCCAUGUUAAGCAUGCUAUUAUCUAGUUUACUAUUGCAUUGUAUAUUUGGGCUGGUAUAUUUGUUGAUCACUGCUUUAUUCUUCCUACAGCUUGAGAACGUUUUGAUAUUAGAGUUGGAUUGCCUUUAUAUUGGGGUUGCUUUUAUGUAUGAUGAUAAUUAGGUUGUGGAAUAUUCUUAAUGAAGAGUGAAUUAAAUGCUACAUUAUUGUUUAAUGGAAAAGGCAACUCGGAAGCAAGUUUGUAUUUGUUGAGGUUAGCAAAUAAAGAUAACCUCCCUUAAUUUUGUUGGAGAUCCUAUAUCAAUUAGAGAUAUAGCCAAAUUAUAGUUUAUAAAUAGAUACAAAUCUUACUUU